GUAAACAGAUGAACCCCUUUAUUGAAGAUGUUCUGAACAGAAUACAAGAUCUGCUAGAACUUUCUCCACCUGAAAACGGUUACCAGGCUUUAUUAAGCAGUGAUGAUCAACUAUUCAUUUAUGAGACAGCUGGAGUGCUGAUAGUUAACAGUGAAUACUCUGCAGAAAGGAAACAGGUUCUAAUGAGGAAUCUGUUAACUCCACUAAUGGAGAAGUUUAAAGUGCUGCUAGGAAAACUGGUGAUGGCACAAGAUGAGGACAGACAGAUGGCACUGGCUGACUGCCUCAAUCAUGCUGUUGGCUUUGCUAG